AUGAAGAGAGCUGUGGACCAUGGAAUCUUAGUCAAUGAUGAUGAUUCCAGUAUACCGUAUUCCACUGACUACUCAGACACAGAGUCGAACCCUGAAGAGUUACCAUCAAUGAUUGUAGAUUAUGCCAAUAUGAUACGGAACGACAUUAUUUUAUUGGACAAUUCUGUUGAGACCAGAACACGGAAAAGAGGUAACAUAAAGGUUGAGAAGCAUAACCAAGCAAUCUUGGACCCGCCUUGCAGCUGUGUCCAAAUGUCACGUAGGGUAAGGAAAUUAUCA